UUCAUUUCUUCUCUUCCAAUUCAAACAAAAGUUUAAGUUUACAGCUCAUAAGAGUUUCUUUCUUCCAUCUUUUCUUCAAUUCUUUCUUCAUAGCAAUGAAAAACAGAAAGCUUUUUCCGGCUCUUACAGAAACAAACCAAACUAUAGACUGCCCCCCUGACUUCUGUGACCCUGCCUGCCCUUACAACUGCUACCCUUAUCCUGACUAUUAUUAUCUACCUCCACCGCCGCCGCCCCCGCCACCUCCUCCCCUCUCAGACCAUAACCAUUACAUCUCACCUUAUGCCAUCAUCUUUGUUUCUGUACUAGCCAGUUUUUUCCUUCUUGUUGGCUACUAUGUCAUUAAAGUCAAGUCAUGUUUUGGUUGGUGCUGCUCAAGGAAUAACAGGCAACCACAAGCUCAAACUGAUGCUUCAGAUGAAGAGUUUGUUGAUGAGAAUCAAGUUGAUCAUCCUAUUUGGUUCAUCACCACCGUUGGUUUGCAACAAUCAAUCAUAAAUUCGAUUACUGUUUGUAAGUACAAGAAGGGUGAGGGAUUGAUUGAAGGGACAGAAUGUUCAGUAUGCUUGAAUGAGUUUCAAGAAGAGGAGACAGUCAGGUUAUUGCCUAAAUGCAAUCAUGCUUUUCAUAUUUCCUGUAUUGAUACUUGGCUAAGGGCUCACACUAAUUGUCCCUUGUGUCGAGCACAUAUUGUUUUUGAUGCUGUUUCUGCCCCUCCAACUUCUACAUAUCAAAAUUCUGAUAACAUGGAUCUAGUUGUCGAUAACCAGAUAGAAAAUUCUGAGAUUGGACGUGGAAUGAGUAGUCAGAAUCAGGGAAGAAGCAGUGAGCUUUAUGAAAACAGGGCUAGACCAGACGCUGCAGGUGAAUUACCAGAGGCUGUUGACCAAAGAAUUUUAAAGGAUAGUGUCUAUUCUGAUGAAAAUGGCGCUUUGGUAGUCGGUGAUUGCAUUGACAGUAGCCAGGUUGUGGCUAAAGAGAUGCAACUAAUCAAAAGGUGCGUUUCCAUGGAUUCUUCUUCAGCUGCAAAUUUGUUUCUUGGUUUGGCAAAUUUCUGUCCUCUUAAAUCCGAAGGAAGUUCUUAUGAUCAACAAGAUGAUGUUGAGAACCCACAUUCAAGCAUCAAUCCAAAGCAAGAAGGAGCAAACUCAAUCGAGUUUAGGCUAAUGGGUAAUUCUUCCAUUGCACAGCAUCUUCAUUUAAGUCCUGUUCCUAUGAAAAGAUCAUUCUCCUGUGGUGGAAGGUUUUUCUCAUCCGAACGGUGCAGAAGAAAGAAUUCAAUUCUUCCCCUGUAAAAUUUUUUACACUUCUAGAUAUAGUUUUGGCUUUAUGAGUGCGAUAUUUGUUAAGCAGAGAAAUUGUAUGCAGCAUGCACUAUCUAUAAGUUGGGUUGCCUUUUUCUGCUUCUCCCACAAAAGCAUGAAAGCUCAAGCCUUGUGAUGCUUAUCAACGAGGUACAAGAGGAAUUCUAAAGAGAAAGUUCUCUUCAGAAGAAUAAAGUUUUAUGUAUUUUCCUUUGUUUCAAGUCCUGAAGUAGAACUCGAUUGAAGCUUCAACUUAAAUAUAACUGAUAUCUGUUUCCGAGAUCUCAUCAUGUUGUUAUUCAGUAAAGAGAAAGU